AUGAACCCGCGGGAUAACCUAUCAAAUUCUGCUACCGUCAACAAGAACAUUGCCGAAUGUGAUCAACCGGCCUCUAUCGAAAUAAAGGUUCUUGGAAUGCAAUGGAACGCCGUAGAAGACAUCAUAACUCUGCAAUGCAUUGAGAAGCAAGCAAACAAGACCUCCAAAAGAACAGUUCUCAGCCAGAUCAACGGAUAUUGUUACGAUCCCCUUGGCCUACUAUCACCGCUAAUGGUUCCUGCCAAGAUAUUUCUUCAGGAUCUUCACAAACAGAGGUACGGAUGGGACGGCGUCUUGUCUGAAAAGGAUCAAAACACUUGGAGAUCCAUCACAUCGAAUGUCAUUGGGUUUGAAGUGAAGUUGCCCAGGAAAGUCGCGGAAAAGAGCGGGACCAGCAGUCAUACGAUGUCAAUAUUCGUGGACAGCUCCAAGAGGGCGUACGCUUGCAGUAUCUACGUAACAACGACGUCUUGCGAAGGCAUCAAAGAGACAAAGCUUUUCACAGCGAAGUCAAAAGUUGCGCCGAUCAAGAAGGAACAAACAAUACCUCGGCUAGAGCUUCUAUCUAUAUUUUUAGGACUCAGCCUAGCAGAGUCCACCAUGAAUAAGGUAGACAUCAUGUUUCAAAAAGUCAACCUCUUCAGCGACUCAACCAUUGCCCUAUGUUGGAUACAAGGAUACAAACGUCUACCAACUAUGGUAAAUACACUCGUCCAGAAAAUUGGACUCAUCACAAAAAGAAUACGUGAUACCAGCAAUGUCACAUUUUACCAUGUGCCAACACAUGAGAAUAUAGCCGACUGCGCAACAAGAGGGGUGACCAAAAAUGAACUAAAAUGUCACCGUUGGUGGUCUGGUCCAAUAUGGUUGAAUACCACAACUGACUGCUGGCCUGCCAAGGACGCAACUAAUCUACGGGAACAAAACUUCGACAAUGACGACGAGAACUUGGCAUGCACCUCCGCGUACACAGAAGAAGUCAUACACCCA